GGAGCUGUGCGGAGGCGCGCCCUCCCUUCCCCUCGAUGACUCGUCCCCUCCGCGAGGCGGGAUGAGCCCGGAUCCCAGCCCCUCCCCCGCCCGCGAGAGAUUUGGGGGCGAGCGGGACCACCCCUCCUCAGCCUCUCCUCCUCCCGUUUGCCUUGGCCGGGCCAUAUAUACGCGACGAGAGGCGCACUCUCCUUUUUUCCCCUUGGAAAGGGAGGCCUUGCACUAGCGGGCGGGGACGCGCAACGCCGUGUGGCUGCGCGGCGCUCCUGAGCAUUACGGCGCCCAUUCCUGGCUCCUUUGACUUGUUCUCCAGCGGCGGCGGCGACGAGGGAAGCUGGAAGCGCUUUUGCUUUUGUCGAUCCUGAGCAGCCAUGGCCGAGCGCCGCGCCUUCGCGCAGAAGAUCAGCAGAACUGUGGCAGCUGAAGUCCGGAAGCAGAUUUCAGGACAAUAUGGUGGAUCACCGCAGCUUCUCAAGAACCUUAAUAUUGGAGGCAGCAUUUCCCAUCAUACAACUGUGCCUCUUACUGAGCCUGUGGAUCCAGUGGAUUUGGAAGAAUACCUCCUUACACAUCCACUUGCAGUGGAUUGCGGCCCUUUGAGAGACUUGCUUGAAUUUCCUUCUGACGAUAUUGAAGUUAUCUACAGUCCUCGAGAAUGCAGAACGCUUGUGUCAGCAGUACCCGAAGAGAGUGAAAUGGACCCUCACGUGAGGGAUUGCGUAAGAAGUUACACAGAAGACUGGGCCAUUGUGAACAGAAAAUAUCACAAACUGGGAACAGGAUUUAACCCCAACACAUUAGACAAACAGAAGGAGAGGCAAAAAGGCCUACCCAAACAGAUAUUUGAGUCUGAUGAAGCUCCGGAUGGCAACAAUUACCAGGAUGAACAAGAUGAUCUUAAAAGACGGUCCAUGUCAAUCGAUGACACGCCACGGGGCAGUUGGGCUUGCAGUAUUUUUGACUUGAAAAACUCCCUCCCGGAUGCUUUGCUUCCAAAUCUUCUGGAUCGGACCCCAAAUGAAGAAAUCGACCAUCAAAAUGAUGAACAGAGAAAGUCCAACAGACACAAGGAACUUUUUGCAUUGCAUCCAGCCCCAGAUGAGGAAGAACCAAUAGAAAGACUGGGCAUCCCUGAAAUCCCCAAGGAACACUUUGGUCAGAGGCUUCUUGUGAAGUGUUUGUCUUUAAAAUUUGAAAUUGAAAUAGAGCCGAUUUUUGCAAGUUUGGCAUUAUACGACGUUAAGGAAAAGAAAAAGAUUUCAGAGAACUUCUAUUUUGAUUUAAACUCUGAACAAAUGAAAGGGAUGCUGCGUCCUCAUGUUCCACCUGCUGCCAUAACCACUCUGGCCCGGUCAGCCAUUUUUUCUAUUACAUAUCCCUCUCAGGAUGUCUUUCUGGUAAUAAAGCUGGAAAAGGUACUGCAACAGGGAGAUAUUGGGGAGUGUGCAGAGCCAUAUAUGAUUUUAAAAGAAGCAGAUGCUGCAAAGAACAAGGAAAAGCUAGAAAAACUGAAAAGUCAAUCAGAACAAUUUUGCCAAAGGCUUGGCAGAUAUCGCAUGCCUUUUGCAUGGACGGCCAUUCAUUUAAUGAACAUAGUCAGCAGUGCUGGAAGUUUGGAGAGGGACUCUACAGAAGUGGAAAUUGCUGCAGGAGAACGCAAAGGGUCGUGGUCAGAGAGGAGGAAUUCUAGCAUUGUCGGCAGGCGUUCCUUGGAAAGGACAACGAGUGGGGAUGAGGCCUGCAACCUGACUAACUUUAGACCAGCUACCCUCACGGUGACAAACUUCUUUAAACAGGAAGGUGACCGCCUGAGUGAUGAAGACCUGUAUAAGUUUCUUGCGGAUAUGAGAAGGCCAUCUUCUGUUCUACGGAGGUUGAGGCCUAUCACAGCUCAAUUGAAGAUAGACAUUUCUCCAGCCCCAGAAAACCCACAUUACUGUCUAACGCCAGAGUUGCUGCAAGUCAAACUUUACCCUGAUAGCAGAGUACGACCAACAAGAGAGAUCCUGGAGUUUCCUGCAAGGGAUGUUUAUAUUCCAAAUACAACAUACAGAAACCUUCUGUAUGUCUAUCCUCAAAGCCUUAACUUUGCCAACCGUCAAGGAUCUGCUCGGAACAUCACUGUAAAAGUCCAAUUUAUGUUUGGAGAGGAUCCAAGUAACGCAAUGCCGGUAAUAUUUGGAAAAUCCAGCUGUGCUGAAUUUUCAAAAGAAGCAUAUACAGCUGUUGUGUAUCAUAACAGAUCUCCUGAUUUUCAUGAAGAAAUCAAGAUUAAACUCCCUGCUACUUUAACUGACCACCAUCACCUGCUUUUCACUUUUUAUCAUGUCAGUUGCCAACAAAAACAAAAUACUCCUCUGGAGACGCCUGUUGGAUACACGUGGAUACCAAUGCUUCAGAAUGGACGGUUGAAAACCGGUCAGUUCCUUCUCCCUGUUUCCCUAGAGAAACCACCUCAGGCAUACUCUGUGCUCUCUCCAGAGGUGCCGCUGCCUGGAAUGAAGUGGGUAGAUAACCAUAAGGGAGUUUUUAAUGUAGAAAUAGUUGCUGUGUCAUCUAUUCAUACACAGGACCCUUACCUUGACAAGUUCUUUGCCCUUGUUCAUGCCCUGGAUGAACACAUGUUCCCUGUGCGGAUAGGCGACAUGAGAAUUAUGGAAAACAACUUGGAGAAUGAACUGAAGAGCAGCAUUUCGGCACUGAAUUCCUCUCAGCUGGAGCCUGUGGUGCGAUUUCUCCAUCUCUUGCUUGACAAACUGAUCCUCUUGGUUGUACGACCUCCUAUCAUUGCUGGCCAAAUAGUAAAUCUGGGUCAAGCGUCUUUUGAAGCCAUGGCCUCUAUUGUAAACAGACUCCACAAAAACCUCGAAGGAAACCAAGACCAGCAUGGCAGAAACAACCUCCUCACCUCAUAUAUUUAUUACGUUUUUCGCUUGCCAAACACCUCUCCCAAUUCGCCAUCUUCAGGUUCAGGUGGCUUGGGAGGAUCAGUCCAUUACGCCACCAUGGCUCGUUCUGCUGUCAGACCAGCAAGCCUAAACUUGAAUCGCUCCAGGAGCCUUAGCAACAGCAACCCAGAUAUCUCUGGCACUCCAACCUCGCCCGAUGAUGAAGUCCGAUCAAUCAUCGGGAGUAAGGGCUUAGACCGCUCCAAUUCCUGGGUAAACACUGGUGCUCCAAAAGCUGCCCCAUGGGGAUCCAACCCCAGUCCAAGUGCAGAGACUACACAGGCUACAGACCGAAGUUGUAAUCGUAUGUCUUCGCACACAGAGACGUCAAGUUUCUUACAAACAUUAACAGGACGGUUGCCAACUAAAAAGCUUUUUCAUGAAGAACUGGCCUUACAGUGGGUUGUCUGCAGUGGGAGUGUACGGGAGGCAGCUCUCCAGCAAGCGUGGUUCUUCUUCGAGCUUAUGGUAAAAAGUAUGGUGCAUCAUUUGUAUUUUGCUGACAAACUCGAUGCUCCAAGGAAGAAUCGUUUUCCGGAGCGCUUCAUGGAUGACAUAGCUGCUCUGGUCAGCACAAUUGCCAGUGAUAUAGUCUCCCGGUUUCAGAAGGAUGCUGAAAUGAUUGAAAGGCUCAACACUAGCUUAGCCUUCUUCCUAAACGAUCUACUCACUGUUAUGGACAGAGGAUUUGUCUUCAGCCUUACUAAGGUGUACUACAAACAGGUGUCAUCCAAGCUUUAUUCCUUACCCAACCCGAGCACCCUUGUGUCCUUGAGGUUGGAUUUCCUCCGCAUCGUCUGCAGCCAUGAACACUACGUUACUCUGAAUUUACCAUGUAGCCUGUUGACACCCCCGGCAUCCCCGUCACCUUCCGUGUCUUCCGCAACAUCUCAGAGUUCUGGUUUCUCAACGAACGUCCAGGACCAGAAGAUUGCAAAUAUGUUUGAACUGUCCGUGCCUUUCCGCCAGCAGCACUACUUGUCAGGCCUGGUGCUUACUGAGCUGACUGUCAUUUUGGAUCCUGAUGCAGAAGGUUUGUUUGGAUUGCAUAAGAAAGUCAUCAACAUGGUACACAACUUGUUGUCCAGCCAUGACUCCGACCCACGGUACUCUGACCCACAGGUAAAGGCCCGGGUGGCUACACUGUACCUGCCUCUGAUUGGUGUGAUCAUGGAGAGUGUGCCCCAGCUGUAUGAUUUCACAGAAAACCACAACCAGCGCGGACGGCCAAGCUGCACAGCAGUGGAGGACUAUGAGAGCGAGGGUGGAAGCAUGAUAAGCCAGACGGUUGCCAUGGCUAUUGCAGGAACCUCCGUCCCGCAACUCACCCGUCCCAGCAGUUUUCUCCUAACAUCAUCGACAAAUAGGCAACAUUCAACAUUUUCAGCCGAGUCAAGUCGGAACCUUCUGAUCUGCCUCUUGUGGGUCCUGAAGAACGCUGAUGAAAAUGUCCUACAAAAAUGGUUCACGGACCUUUCUGUGCUGCAGCUUAACCGUUUACUGGAUUUGCUCUACCUCUGUGUUUCUUGCUUCGAAUACAAGGGUAAGAAAGUAUUUGAAAGAAUGAACAGCCUGACGUUUAAGAAGUCAAAAGACAUGAGAGCGAAGCUUGAAGAAGCUAUACUUGGCAGCAUCGGGGCGAGGCAAGAAAUGGUACGGCGAAGCAGGGGACAGCUGGAAAGAAGUCCUUCCGGGAGUGCCUUUGGAAGUCAAGAGAACCUGAGAUGGAGAAAGGAUAUGACUCACUGGCGACAGAACACGGAAAAACUUGACAAAAGCCACAAACCAGCCAGAUCACGGGCUGAGAUAGAACACGAGGCUCUUAUCGAUGGCAACUUGGCAACGGAAGCAAAUCUGAUCAUUUUGGAUACUUUGGAGAUAGUAGUCCAGACGGUCUCCGUGACCGAGUCCAAGGAAAGCAUUCUUGGCGGAGUACUGAAGGUUCUUUUACACAGCAUGGCUUGCAACCAGAGCGCUCUUUACCUGCAGCAUUGCUUUGCUACACAGAGGGCCUUGGUGUCAAAGUUCCCAGAACUGCUCUUUGAAGAGGAGACGGAGCAGUGUGCAGACUUAUGCCUCCGACUCCUGCGCCACUGUAGCAGUAGCAUCGGCACCAUACGCUCGCAUGCCAGCGCCUCCCUGUACCUCCUCAUGAGGCAGAACUUUGAGAUUGGGAAUAACUUUGCCAGAGUGAAAAUGCAGGUGACCAUGUCACUCUCAUCUUUAGUAGGAACAUCUCAGAAUUUUAAUGAGGAGUUUCUGAGACGUUCUCUGAAAACCAUUUUGACCUAUGCUGAAGAGGACCUGGAACUAAGGGAAACAACGUUCCCUGAUCAGGUCCAAGAUCUUGUGUUCAACCUCCAUAUGAUCCUGUCUGAUACAGUUAAGAUGAAGGAGCACCAAGAAGACCCAGAGAUGCUGGUGGACUUGAUGUACAGAAUUGCCAAGGGAUACCAGAAUUCCCCAGACCUACGACUCACCUGGCUACAGAACAUGGCUGGGAAACACUCAGAGAGAAGCAAUCACGCAGAAUCUGCACAAUGUUUGGUCCACUCUGCAGGACUCGUUGCUGAAUACUUGAGCAUGCUUGAGGAUCGGAAAUAUCUCCCUGUAGGAUGCGUUACAUUUCAGAACAUCUCCUCGAACGUCCUGGAAGAAUCUGCAGUUUCUGAUGAUGUCGUAUCGCCAGAUGAAGAAGGAAUAUGCUCUGGAAAGUAUUUUACUGAAGCAGGUCUGGUUGGAUUGCUGGAGCAAGCUGCAGCCUCUUUCUCCAUGGCUGGCAUGUAUGAAGCAGUCAACGAGGUUUACAAAAUCCUCAUUCCAAUUCAUGAAGCUAACAGAGAUGCCAAGAAGCUUGCCACAAUUCACGGUAAACUCCAGGAAGCAUUCACCAAAAUAGUUCAUCAGAGUACUGGCUGGGAGCGGAUGUUUGGUACAUACUUCCGUGUUGGUUUUUAUGGGACUAAAUUUGGAGACCUCGAUGAACAAGAGUUUGUUUACAAGGAACCGGCCAUAACAAAAUUGGCUGAAAUUUCUCAUCGGUUAGAGGGUUUUUACGGAGAGAGGUUUGGUGAAGAUGUUGUUGAAGUGAUUAAGGACUCUAACCCUGUCGACAAAUGCAAAUUAGAUGCCAACAAGGCCUAUAUACAAAUAACUUACGUGGAGCCUUACUUUGAUACAUACGAAAUGAAGGACCGGAUAACCUAUUUUGACAAAAACUACAACUUGAGGCGAUUCAUGUACUGUACGCCCUUCACGUUGGAUGGCAGAGCUCAUGGUGAGCUGCAUGAACAGUUCAAGAGGAAGACCAUCCUCACAACAUCACAUGCAUUCCCUUACAUUAAAACCCGGAUUAAUGUCAUUCACAAGGAGGAGAUCAUUUUGACACCAAUUGAAGUCGCCAUUGAGGAUAUGCAAAAGAAAACCCAAGAGUUGGCUUUUGCAACACAUCAAGAUCCAGCAGAUCCCAAAAUGCUCCAGAUGGUGCUUCAAGGUUCAGUAGGCACAACGGUAAAUCAGGGACCACUAGAGGUUGCACAGGUUUUCUUAUCAGAGAUACCCAACGAUCCUAAGCUCUUCCGUCACCAUAAUAAACUACGGCUUUGUUUCAAAGACUUCACAAAAAGGUGUGAAGAUGCACUGCGCAAGAACAAGAGCCUGAUUGGUCCAGACCAAAAAGAGUAUCAGCGAGAGCUUGAAAGAAAUUACCACCGUCUCAAGGAAGCACUUCAGCCUCUGAUCAAUAGAAAAAUUCCCCAGUUAUACAAGACGGUUCUUCCUGCUGCUUGCCACAGAGAUUCCUUCAGCAGAAUGAGCCUUCGCAAAAUGGACAUCUGAGCACCUUAAAAUACACUUAAGAAUUUUAAGGUACUGAACAAACGAGUGCAGUGUCAUCAACACCGGGAAUUUUUAUAACUUUUAUUUGGAAACAAAACUUUGGACUUUGUUCAGGACACCAUGCACACAUUUUACCAAUUUACAUGGAAGUGUUAAGUGGCCAAAUUUCCCUUCUGAAUUAUUAUAUAGACUUCAAACCUUUUUUAACCCCAUGGCAACAGUAUACAAACUACUGGUGAGACUGUAAACACAACUGUUUUUUAAGACAUUUUUUAAUAUUCAGAGGUACUCCAAAUGCAUCAACCAUUAUUUAUAGCAUUCUUUAAUGUUAAAUUUGUUUUUGUUUUAGUUCAUAUAUUUAUUUUAUAUUAGGAGCAUUUGCAAAUGCAUUUAAACCAUUUUUAAUGCAGUGUUUAUUUUAAUGGUACCAUUAAAUAUUUGAAUGUUUACACUUUA